GGGGCUGCAGUGCCGGCGCUGCCCACUGGGAUCGGCUCGAUGUCGGAGGGUCGGACGUGAGGAGCGGGGCGGCUGCGAGCUGACGGCGGCUCCCUGGGCCCGACGCCGAGGUGGAAUACGUACAAGAAAUGGCUUGUGUCUGAAACCAUGCGGCGUCAGUGUUUGCUGCUAGUUAUAUGUGGAUGGGUGUUCUUCACGUUACUGUUUGUUCUACGUCUCAAAGAAUAUGAUACUAAACCACCAACUUUGGAUAAUACUGUGACCACAUACAUUAAAAAACUAAAGCUUCAAGAUGAAUCUUUACUAACAGAUAACCAGCCUACUGAAAGUCCUUGGAAUGAAGUGGAUUCACACUGGGACGCAGUACACAAUGAACGCCAAAGUCUUCUUGAGAACGUGUGCAAAAAUACUUCUUUAAGUAAUCUAGCACAUACUUCUCUAACAAAGUUUGUCUUGGACCGUAUAUUUGUGUGCGAUAAAUACAAAAUCCUAUUCUGUCAAACCCCAAAAGUUGGUAAUACACAGUGGAAGAAAGUUCUCAUUGUUUUAAAUGGUGAAUUUAAAUCCAUUGAAGACAUACCGGAGGCUUUGGUCCAUAAUCAUGAGAAGAAUGGCCUAUAUCGCUUAUCAUCAUACAGUGCACCAGAUGUAAAAAAAAGAUUGAAUGCAUACUUCAAAUUCCUCAUCGUUAGGGAUCCAUUCGAAAGGCUGAUUUCUGCAUUCAAAGACAAGUUUCUAAAGAAUCCUCGAUUUGAACCAUGGUAUAAAUAUAAAAUUGCUCCCGCAAUUAUUCAAAAGUAUAGGAGGAAUCGAACAGAGACCAAAGGACUACAAUUUGAUGAUUUUAUUCGCUAUUUAGGUGAUCCUAACCACAAAUGGCUUGAUGUUAAAAUAGGAGAAUCUAUUAUUCAUUGGGCUACUUAUGUUGAGCUUUGUGCACCUUGUGAAAUCAAGUAUGAUGUCAUAGGACAUCAUGAAACACUGGAAAAAGAUGCUCCAUACAUAAUAAAGAGAGCAGGAAUAAAUAAUUUGGUGUCCUAUCCCCAAAUCCCACCUGGCAUUACAGCGUACAACAGAACUAAGAUUGAGCAGUAUUUUGCAGGAAUCAGCAAACGAGAUAUAAAACGCCUUGCUGCUCGUUUCCAAGGAGAUUUUAAACUGUUUGAUUAUGCCGAACCUGAUUUUUUGUUAAAUUGAUAUUCCUAAGUAUUGUGCCCGUUAUGUGGUAGUACAAUGCAUAUUUAUAUUUUUUUAGGGCUUUUUGGUUACACUGUUUAAUGCUAUCACCAGCAGAGGUCCAUGAAACCACUGAAUGAAGGAAACCCAAAGCCUCUUAACAGUUUAAUCCAUGCAUGUUUGCAGGCAUAAUGUGAUCUUUAGUAGUAGAUAAACAGUAGUUUGAUGCAUGGAGCCCAACAAAGCAACAUUAUAUGUUGUCAAAAUGUAAUGAAAAUAUUUCCAUAGAGAAGAACAGAAAAAGUCAAUUGAAUUUCUGAACAAAACAUCAGUUGUAAGAUGUGUAAGAAAGAGCUGCAGAUGCUGGUUAAAAUCGAAGGUAGACACAAAAUGCCGGAGUAACUCAGCAGGUGAGGCAGCAUCUAUGGAGAGAAGGAAUGGGGGAUGUUGCUGCCCCCAUUCCUUCUCUCCAUCAGUUGUAAGAUAUUUGUUUAUUGACCCCAAUGAUGCAUUGUCUUUGUCACAUGUUCAGUCACAGAUAUUGAAAAUUUGUUUUAUCAUUUAAUUUAGUUAAAGUUAAGUGUAAACAUUGCUGCUUAGAAAGUAUUUUAAUACAAAGGAUAAAAUAGGAUGUGUGCAUUUAAAGCUGCCACAUUUAUUUGCAAACACCCUUGUAUAUCAGUUUUAUCAAUUGGUACAUUUUGUGAACUUAAAUUUCAAUUAUUUCUACCUUCAACUAUCCCGUACACCAAUUAUAGGAAUGAAAUAAAGGAGUCAGUGAGAAAACAUUAUUGCCCAAUGGAAAUUAUGUCUUUUUUUUAAACCAAUGAAUAUCCAUCAUUUGUGGUGGUGGAAAUUGAUAGAAACUCCUCAAACAUGCAAUAAACAGGUCUGAAAUAAUUAAACAAUAUGCUGGAGUAUCAAGGAGCUAAUUGUCUAAGCCACUAAACAACCGUUGGUUUGCAACCUUUAUCGCUGAUAAAAGCAUUAUACAAACCAUAUAAUUAAAAACAUUAAUUUCAUAGAAUAUACUUUUAUUUUAUAAACCUAUUUAGAAGGUACUUGAAUUUCUGUGUAUCCUGUUUCUGAUAUUUAAGUAUGAUAAUUGAUAAUAUUAAAUAAUCAUUUAAGUAAUGGUCCAUAAUUGCAUUAAAAAUUAUUUCACAAAUUACGUACAAACCUUUGUUUUAACCCCUCAGAUGUCAGGGCAUUAGCAUUUUUCUUCGGAAAAUGCAUUAUUUUAGUAUCUAAAAUAACAUAUAAUAAUACAUGAAUGGACCAAACUUUUUGUGGCAAAAAUUGUUAAUUUCCAGUUCUUUCAUUUUGCUUCUCUUUACCCAGGCUUCAGUGUUUCAGCAGCCAAAACUUCAACAGUCACUCUGAAGUAUUUGCUUUGGUGAUUCUGGCUGGUUUCAUCUUACACUACUGCUAUCUUACACUUUCUAAAACUUCAGCUCAUUUUAUAACUUUACUUCCAACUUCCUGCCCCAUAUCAAAACCUAUUCAGUUAUCACCUUUCCCCCAAGUUUACGAUUUUUCAUCUCGCCUUCCCUUGUGUGUAUAACUAUUUUUCACAAUUCAAUUUGUUUUGCAAACUAUUUUUUCAACUUCAGCCUCCUGAACAUACUUUGUGCCUUUUGCUCCACCAUUGAAUGCAUUGGCUUUAUCCAACUAGACAGUGUCUAUAUUCAUUUUUAUAAACACCCUCUCUUGCCUGAUAGUUAUUCCGAAAAUCCACAUAUUUGACCAAUAUCUUCAAUGAUUGAAUUCAAAUAAGGUUGUUUCAAUUGGAGCAGUUUAGAACAUUUUAUCUGUGAUAGAAGUGCAAAAUAAAUACAAGUAAUUAUUGUUAUAAAGUGAAGCUUUAUUGAACUAACCUUAAAAAGCUAUCGAACUCACCUGAAAAAGAGGGUGACGAAUGGUGGGCAGAGGAAUGUUCACCAGGAAUGUUCAGAGACGGCAAUUUUUAAGUCUAAAUGUCAUGAUAUAUAAUUUCUACACUGACAGAAGCAAUGUGAUUAUUACUAUAUAGUUACAUGGUGCUUAACAAUAUAUUUUCUACAUUAAAUAUCGGUCUUCCAGUAUUUCUUUAAUGCAACAGGUUAAAAGAAACUUUCACAUAGAAAUAAUGUUGCUUUCUGUGAUAGUAUAUUCAGAAUUUUGAAUUUCAAUGUUCAAAUAAUUACUGCCAGGAUCUCUAAGAUAAUUAUCUAGUACAAAAGUAAUAUUGAGGAGAUUACAUUUUAAAGAUGAAAGAUGCUUGAAACAUUCAGUAAGAUAUUUGCAUACCCGUGAUAUAUAGGAGAGAAAUAAUUAUUCCACAGGUAGGAGAGAGUUGGCAACCACCAAAAGCAACCACUAUGAACAGUCAAUAAUUAAAAGUAAAUCAAUUUUAUAUAAAAUGUAUUUACCUUUCAUUAUUGACUGCUCAUUGUAGUUGCUUUUGGUGGUUGCCAACUCACUCCUACCUGUGGAAUAAUUAUUUCUCUCCUUUCAGUCAAGUUUGAUAUAAAACCUUCGUUAACCAUAAGUCUUUAAUGAAUAGGGAGAUCACUGACAAACCUUCAUAAACUUUAAACCUGAUCCAGUUAGUGAUUCCCAUAAGUGAUUUGGUGCUUAAUCUUCAAUUAAUUUAAAGUAGGAAACAAGUAUUAGACAAGAUUUAUGAAAUGUAGUUUGUUCAAUAACUGCAAAUAUUGUAAAUGUGAGAAUAUAAGGUACUUAAACUGCUUUGAAGCUUAGGACUAAAAUCUUAUUACAGGAUAAAAUGGAAUUUCCAAUUAAAGGCCUAACACCAUAGAGAGAGUCUGUUACUUUUAUGUAUUCACAUACACAUUUAUUUUAAGAAUAUACCUGGUCAAAGGAGUAUAUUUCCCAUUUGAAUUUUGCUUUUUUUACAAAUUAGUUUCAUCCUUAAGCUAGUCAUUUUCUUGUUGUACACGUUCUGAAUUCAGCAUUUUGGGACACCACUAUGGCAUACAUUAAUGCUAAUUAUUCAUUCCAUUAGUAUUUGCACUAACUUCUUUGGUUUGAUUGUAAUUCUCAAUUUUGAGAUUCAGAACUGUUAAUAAAUGCCUACUGAAACUUGG